ACCUCCGGCCACCGCAGUGAGGGGGGCAGCACCGCUCAGUGCCGCAGCCAGCCCACGGUGACGUCAGUAGGAUGUAAAUAGAGUGGCCCGCGGCCUGGUCGGUCUUUUCCCUCCCUGUGCUGUUUGGGCGGCAGGCAUUGCUCCGUCUGUGGAAGGUCUACCAUCGAAACGCAAAAAUGAUCAUCUACAAGUGCAUCGUCUCCAGUAAAGUAGACUUUUUUUGUGUUCCCUAUCACAUGUAUGUGUUUUCCUCGACAGGUUAGUGGGUAUUUCGGCGGUGUUAAAGCCCUGAAAGUGAGCUGGGUAUGAGAGGAUUGGCUAACUCGUGUAAUCAUCUGCUAGCUGAUUUUAGCCGCUAAUCAAAAACCCGAAACCUGGUGACUCUGCUCAGUAAAACUCGCUAUGUGGGCUCGCCGAGGUUUCUAAGACCGACUAGCUUUGUGAAAGUUCAGAUAAUAGUUAUUUAUAAACCCAUUCCGCUCAUCCCAGCAGGCGCUCCGAAAUAACGCAGAUGUGUUGAGAGACCGACCGGGUUAGAGCCGCGUUAGUCCCAGAGCCGGAGUGGUAGAGCGGCCUGUAGGCGCCUGUGGCCUUCAGUCCCAUCAGACUAACUGGAGCUAAAGAGUCGAGACGAGCUGGGUCCCACGAUGUUGUUGUCUGCUAGUUACUCCUAGUCAGCUCACCCUAAAUAGACUUUUUAAAAGUAAUUGAACCAUCGUUUAACUUUGUGAAAUUGUUUUCCCUUCAGAUGAUGAGAUGUUCUCGGACAUCUACAAAAUCACCAGCUCCAGCUCCGGGAUCUUCUAUGAGGUUGAAGGAAAGGUAAGUGAACCCUCUUUUAUAGACUGGACUGGUUUUCUCGAUAUGAGCUGAAUGUAAGGUCACAGCACGGCUUCAAUUCUUGAAAACAUCAAGCUUCUGACUGAGAUCCACCACCGACCCACUGCAGCUCGUGGGGGUUUCCACAAUCUCAUGAGCUCACUGUCUGAGCUGCUGUAUGCAGGGAGUGUGCUCACAGGACAGUGGAAAGGUGCCUUGGCUCAUAAUGACGCAUAUUGACAGUUGUCCAGCUUAUGUUCAUGUAGAUUCUCGUUCAUUCAGGUCAUGGUUAUCUGGAAGACUCCAAGUUGUGCAGCUAAUGAAGUUCUGCUUUUUUGUGGAGCUCCAGACACACGCUUAUUUGAAAAAAUGCAGGAUUUUUCUGUUUAUGAUGUUUUCAGUAGUUAGUGAAAGAAUUGUGAUCCACAUCCAGCCUCAUCUGUGGAGCCAAAAGUACAAAGAGAAUUUGAAAAGUUGAAUUUAGUCUGAAAUGUUUCUAAUGAUGAAGAUAUUGUGACAACAAACAGAAUGUAUGUAUGUGUGUGUUUCAUCACAGCUGUUUGGGACCAUAAAGUGAUCCUGGGUUGAGUUGAAAAUGCUUUGUUUAUGAUUUGUCAUUGUUGUUGAAAUGAUCAUCACAAUGAAUUAAACGAAAAUAAAGGGCACACCCAAACCAGAUCUCUAUCAGCCUCCUUGAUCAGCACACACAGUAAGUGAUGGAGGGGGAACCUGUGCAGAGGCAACCUCUUUUUUGGCUGAAAAAACUACAACCCAGUGCAUCAUGGGAUAGGAAAGACAUGGGUGUUCCUUUGAGUAAUCAAUCCCCUUACCUCAGCUGGUUAGCAGGCACUGUAUAAACACUGCAGGUUGUUUCAUACCCUGUUAAAGCCCCCUCUGCCUUUUUCGGUAAGGUUGAUAAUGAUGCUGUAUUGUGUAUUAAAUAUUUUUGUUGUAAUAUUUCUAGACAGUCACCAGGACAGACGAGUUCGAUGACGCUUUAAUUGGGGCUAACGCUUCUGCAGAGGAGCCCACUGAGACACAGGACGCCUCCUGUGUCUCUGGCUGUGAUAUUGUUCUCAAUCAUCACCUCCAGGAGACUUACUUCAACAAGAAGUCUUAUAGGCUGUACCUCAAAGACUAUUUGAAGGCGUGAGUACCAGUUUGUAUGUAUCAAAGUCAAGUUUCAAAAGUGUUUUACAUGGAAAUUUCAAAUCAACCUUUUUUUUUUUUUUUUUCUCAGCGUGAAGAAGAACGUAGAAGACCGCUCCCCGGAAAAGGUGGAUGAUUUCAUGGAGAAAUGCAAAGCCGAGGUGGCCAAGAUUUUUGAGGAUUGGGAUAAUUACCGGGUAACUUUUCAGCAUUCACACAUGCAAUAAACCUGGUGUAAACUCGGCUUACUGGACUUGAGUUACUCCCUGCUGAGCUCUCAUUUAGCAAUUCAAACAGAUUUCACAGAGAGACUAACACAAAGCUGUAGUGCAUUCUUAUUCACACCAACCUUGGCGUGUGCUUUGAGGAGUCUGAGCUUUCACAAAACGCAGACAAGUUACAAACUUGAUCAAGAGACAAGUUGACUUGGUAAGACUUUUUUUAACACCUUUCACCUCUCCUCCAGAAGGCCUCUUCACUUGUACUGACCGGUGAACAGCUUUAAAAAGAAAAAAAAGCCUCUGGGUUUUUAGUAUUCCUCUUUAGAGGCCUGGAUGGUCGGGAACCUUCAGACAUUAUAGUCAUGAUUCAGCAUCAGGGUUUUACCUGCACCAAAAUUGCGGAGUCUGUAACUGUUUUUCAGGGAAAACCAUAGUCUACCAGAACAUCUGUUGUCCACUACAGGCGGGGGUAUUGUUUAAUCAGGUUACAAUGACCUAAAUACGUUGCUUAUAGAAAGUGGUUGAGCUAGUAUAGAUGGUGUGCUCAUGGGUUCACACAUUUGGGAGCGUAUUGCCCCUGUUUCAGUUUGAGCCAGGAAAAAAACCUGAUGGUGAAAUAUGUCUCCUGCUUUACUGUGGAGCAGAGUGGAAUCAGAGAGUAGAAAAAGUUUUGGAUUUUCAGUCAGAAUUUCAUCUUGAUUAGAACUAGUUUAAUCACUGUCAGUCUAAAAAAAGUGAUCAAUAAAAAAACAUUGAACUGUAAACCUGAAUACCUGCCAGUGAUGGCGCUGUCAGGACUACAUGCCCGACAAACUCCAAACUUGGCUCCAACAAUUGAGUGGCCACUUUUAACAUGUCUUUUUUUGUUGUUGUUUUUCUGGCAGUUUUACACAGGCAUGUCCAUGAAUCCUGACGGCAUGGUCGGACUGCUGAACUUCCGAGAUGAUGGUAUUACACCAUACAUGCUUUUCUUCAAAGAUGGUUUGCUGGCUGAGAAAUGUGUAAGUAUUCAGUUUAUUCUACACUCAGCUGUGGAAAUUUUAAAGACAGGGCUUCAAAAUGUUCACAUUUUCUACAGUGCAUGCGUGAAAGUAGCUCUGAGUUUUAAUUUAGGAUUAUCAGUCUUUUAUUUGGUUAAGUGUCAGAAUACUGUAAGAACCACUGUAUCCUCUAAGUACUGCAGUCAGCUCGUCUGAAGGUAGAGACGUUAUAUCAAAGUGGUGUUCUUCAGGAUUAGCAUUGUUUUAGCUCUGCUGUGUAUGGUACCAUCAAGUGAACAGUCCAAACAUAAAUCCGGUGUGAUUCCUUCAAAAGAACUUUUCUUCAAAAAGAGGGUAAGAACACAGUCAAGGGAAACAAGAAUUGGUAUUUAGUUGCUGGUGUUACUGGUACUCCUAAGUCUGACUGAAACUUUCCCACAACUCCUCCAGUUAACCAAAGAGAUUAACUUAAAGAGAUCACCUCUUCAUUUCAUGAACUUUCAUGUGACGUAUAUCAUGGUCAGGAUUUUUGAAUCGUACCCUCUCACAAGUGCAUCAAACCAAACUAGUCACUGGUGUACAAAAGGUCAUGAAAGGCCUGUGUUAGAUUUUCUGCCAUAGUAGGGGCUCUGCGUACAUUUCUGUACUCUUCAUGCCUCCAUCAGUAACUUUUAUACUUUGUUUUCUUUCAGUAACUAUCUGGAACUACAUCUGCUUUUAAAUUGGCUGCUGCUUUCCAAAUGGCCCCAAGAAAAGACUGGUGGAGCGGUAUUUUGCAUCAUGGCUUAACAGGAGCAUUCUUGAAAAAUGUCUUUAUUAAACAAACAUUCACAUUAUGGUCUGAAGCCCCACCCCCAACACAAGAAAUCAACCCUGAAUGGUCACAGGAUGGGGUUUUUAACAUUUUUUUGGCUUUUGUAAUGUUUGGUUUUUGGUGAGAGAUUGUCAAGGAUUUCUAAUUCAACAAAUCAGCAAUUAUCUUGGAUCUUUGUUUUUAGGAUUGCAUUGAGUAAAAUUCCACCCACAAUACACAAGUGCAGAAUUUGAAAAUAAAAUUGAAUACCACCACCUUAGUUUUGUUGUGUUCUGAAGUGUUGAGUAAGCCUGUGCUUCGUGUGGAAUUAUCUACGCAGAUAGCUGAUCAAUCUCCUUGAGUGAUGUUAGAAACCAAAAGAAAAUCCAUAUCUAGCUUCAUGAUGACUGACACUCAGUGAGAAGUCUUCUUUGGGCUUUCUUAUACAUUGUGAAUCUGAUCCACAGAGUCGUCAUCUUUGAAUCUUAUUAGCCUCAAUCAUUUUCAUGGUAGUAGUAAACUGCCACAUGAACAGCUCAAGAUAUUUAAUUCGGUGUAUUCAUUCUUUGUAACAGAGUUCGAGGGGGCCCAGGUGCAGCUUUCAGUCAUUAAAAAGACCUCAUCCUGGUUUACCUUUUGCUUGAAAAAUCCAGUGACUCCAAAGGUUGGGGUCCUGUAAGACGCUGAAACUUUGGAAACCAGAAGUAGUAACUAACCUGCUGCAGACACACUCAAUGACUGCUCCGUUUCUAUAGUAACAGAGAGACUGCACCAUGGACUGGACAUGUUUUCAGCUGUUAAACUCUCAAGUGUGUUUUCUUGUUAUCUAUUACUGCUGUUCAAUCGUACACGGUAGAAAUUGUGUAUAUUUUCAAAACAAUAUUGACACAGAGGAAACCUCUCUAGAAACCUUUCUAUUUAAUUGCAUUUUUUACCAUCAGUUAUGCAGAUAACUUCUCAAAUCCCAGAUACAUAGAGAAGUGGUCAUCUCCCCAUGUUAGACUGGGAAAUUCAAAGUUGUGUGUGUGUUGAGGUGAACUGCUGACUUUAAGGUAGUUGAUGACCGCAAAGAUAAAUGAGGUUCUCACAUAGGAGAAUAUUCAGUUAUUUAGCUCAUAUGUCUUUGACUUCUUUCAAAGUCAUUUAUUUACAACAGUCAGCAAGGUAGUACAUCACACCCUCUGAUGAUAACCACACUAAAACCCCAUACUAUCUGAGUGUGUGUUGAAUUGGAUCUUCUUUAGGAAUAUGCUCAAAAAAAGGGGGGUCUUAAAUAUUAGCCAAAGCACUUCUGGAACAUGAGGAACCAGGUUUGGGAGGAUGUUGUUAGAACUAGGCGGUCUGCAUCUCUUGCGCUUCCUCUGCAGACUGUUAGUGUUUGUACCCAGGCUUCAGCUCCCAGGUGCUUCUGCAAGCACCUUUCCUGUCAUAAGUGCCAAUGUUCCUCAGGAUGUGCUUCAGGUAGGUCUGGAAAAACUGGUCAUAAUUUAGAGACUGACAACCAAUAUGUUUGAAUAAAACAUGACUGUAUGAGACACGUGUUCGAUCUUUCUCUAUGGCUUUAAUGUGUAUGAACAGAAACCCUCAAAAAUGUUCUUCAAAAUCUUAUUGGUUCUGUGCUGGAAAUUUUACGGGAACUUGGAUUUCACUCUCAGAUCUGCUAUAAACAUAUAUAUAUAUAUAUACAUAUAUAUAUACAUAAUUAUUAAAAAUCUUUAUUUUUUUUAAACAGCCCAAAUAUUCACCGGGAAACCUACUCUUUGUUUAUAGGGCUGGCCAACUAUAAAUGAUCAAAACUAGUAAGUUACACUAAAUAGAAACAAGAAAUAAAAAGCCAGAAUGUGUGCGAUCAUAGACUGUAUACACUCACCGGCCACUUUAUUAGGUACACCAUGCUAGUAACGGGUUGGACCCCCUUUUGCCUUCAGAACUGCCUCAAUUCUUCGUGGCAUAGAUUCAACAAGGUGCUGGAAGCAUUCCUCAGAGAGCUUGGUCCAUAUUGACAUGAUGGCAUCACACAGUUGCCGCAGAUUUGUCGGCUGCACAUCCAUGAUGCGAAUCUCCCGUUCCACCACAUCCCAAAGAUGCUCUAUUGGAUUGAGAUCUGGUGACUGUGGAGGCCAUUUGAGUACAGUGAACUCAUUGUCAUGUUCAAGAAACCAGUCUGAGAUGAUUCCAGCUUUAUGACAUGGCGCAUUAUCCUGCUGAAAGUAGCCAUCAGAAGUUGGGUACAUUGUGGUCAUAAAGGGAUGGACAUGGUCAGCAACAAUACUCAGGUAGGCUGUGGCGUUGCAACGAUGCUCAAUUGGUACCAAGGGGCCCAAAGAGUGCCAAGAAAAUAUUCCCCACACCAUGACACCACCACCACCAGCCUGAACCGUUGAUACAAGGCAGGAUGGAUCCAUGCUUUCAUGUUGUUGACGCCAAAUUCUGACCCUACCAUCCGAAUGUCGCAGCAGAAAUCGAGACUCAUCAGACCAGGCAACGUUUUUCCAAUCUUCUAUUGUCCAAUUUCAAUGAGCUUGUGCAAAUUGUAGCCUCAGUUUCCUGUUCUUAGCUGAAAGGAGUGGCACCCGGCGUGGUCUUCUGCUGCUGUAGCCCAUCUGCCUCAAAGUUCGACGUACUGUGCGUUCAGAGAUGCUCUUCUGCCUACCUUGGUUGUAACGGGUGGUUAUUUGAGUCACUGUUGCCUUUCUAUCAGCUCGAACCAGUCUGGCCAUUCUCCUCUGACCUCUGGCAUCAACAAGGCAUUUCCGCCCACAGAACUGCCGCUCACUGGAUAUUUUUUCUUUUUCGGACCAUUCUCUGUAAACCCUAGAGAUGGUUGUGCGUGAAAAUCCCAGUAGAUCAGCAGUUUCUGAAAUACUCAGACCAGCCCUUCUGGCACCAACAACCAUGCCACGUUCAAAGUCACUCAAAUCACCUUUCUUCCCCAUACUGAUGCUCGGUUUGAACUGCAGGAGAUUGUCUUGACCAUGUCUACAUGCCUAAAUGCACUAAGUUGCCGCCAUGUGAUUGGCUGAUUAGAAAUUAAGUGUUAACGAGCAGUUGGACAGGUGUACCUAAUAAAGUGGCCGGUGAGUGUAUAAGUCUAUGUGUGCGAUCCUAUUCUCUCCUACACGCCACUAGGUGUCUCCAUUGAGCUGCUGGAGUCCUGUAGGCUGGGUCUGACGAAUCACUGAUGUGCUGAGCGACUUUUCAUAAUGAGCAUUUCGGUUACUUUAGUUCAGUAAAAUUGAGUGUGAGCCAAGUGCUUUAGGAGAGAAAUGAUGGUGUGGAGUGCAUUGCAGCGUUUGACUCCUACUCAGCUGAUGGUUAUGCAAUCAGAUGCAAUCAGAGGGAGAGGAGGACCUCAAGGUCUAAUCAGCACCUACACAAUGCUGUUCUCUGCGAGCUGGAACGGAUCCACUGCACUGUAUCGAUUUAACCAAUCUUUGUGUGUGUGUGUGUGUGUGUGUGUGUGUGUGUGUGUGUGUGUGUGCACGCUCCUAAGCCUGUUGGCCCAAAUUUCAGCCACAAAUGAUAGCGUGAAUGGGCAUGAAUGUCAGUCUGUGGGCGUUUUGUUCAAAUUUAACAAAGGAAGGUGGAUAGUGGGCAGGUGUAUUGUUUUUGGUCUUCCAGCAAUAGUGUGUGUGUGUGUGUGUGUGUGUGUGUGUGUGUGUGUGUGUGUGUGUGUCUGUGUGUGUGUGUGUGUGGUUGUUUGGUAAUGUCCACCAAAUUCUUCAAGUUGUAAUACUGGAACUGCUUGAAAGCAAAGAAAAGCAUGUCCAACACAAGCUGCAGCUCAGUCGGCACCAUCUUCCCCACUGACCUCUUCUUCUUGUCAUACUCUGAACUGAAAAUUAUACACAUCAUUAUGAGCGCCAACAUUAAUAAUGGUAACACGUGUAGUUGUGAUGAUUCUUGUCUCACUUUUGGCUUUGAUUCCAAUGUCAGUAUUGGUCCUCUAAUAGCCGUUUUUUCAUGUUGUACAUUUUACCCAAAGUGACAUAGACCUACUUACUUACCUUAACUGUCAUUUUAACACAGUUGAAAUAUUGUCUUAGUUACAUGAGUUAUAUUUGAAGUUUCUUGUGAUGAACAUACGGUACAAAAAGACUAACAUAGCUCUUGUGUUAAGUUUGCAGAUACACAUGGGAAAAAAAUAAAAAUAGUCAAAAGGCUGAAUGUAAAGUAAAAAAAAAA